AUGGCUACCCGCGCAACUUCGUCAAGCAGCGCCUACGCAAACGAGACGAGAGACGAAAUACAACCGGCCCCAAAUUUUGGCGAUCUCUCCUGUACGUGAAGAAUGUCUCAGAAGUCGUCAACCGUCUUCUCACACCCCUUGGAAUCGGGGUAACACAGAGACCGGAGGCAACCAUAAGGCGCCAGAUCAUGAGGCCGAAAGACCCAUUGCCGCGGCGAGAAACAUCUGGAGUCGUUUAUCGUGUCUGCUGCAGCUAUGCGCAAAGCAACUAUGUCGGGGAAACCGGAAGACUACUGCGGACGCGUAUGGCCGAGCACGCAGAAGCAGUGAGGAGGAAAGACGCUAGCUCCCAAGUCGCGGCCGACUCUACGGGACCCAACCACACAUUCAGGUUUGACGAAGCAGAAAUUCUUGCUAGAGAUGACAGCCCCGUGAGCCGCGAACUCCUCGAAUCAUGGUGUUGCGGUCCUCAGUCAGUCAACAAGCGCAAUGACCUCCCCUCUCCAUAUUCGGCGCUGAGACUUUGUCUAGGUAAAGUAAUUAACCACGAGGACAGCGCGCGAAUGGCCACUGUUCCUGGUGUCAAUAUCGGCGAGCCAAAUUGCCCAAGAGCCCACGCGGAGGACGAAAUCCGGCCGUCAACAACUCGACUGCGUGCGAUGAGCGUGGGAAUCGAUAGUCUUGACCGGUACACAAGCGCAUAGCAGCUGCACGUUUCAGCACCUGGCCAGUCGAGCCCUGAUGCACUCGGAAGCGGCCAACUACGAUAUGCAUGUAGCGGCCUAGUAACUACAUCCUAUAGAUAUUACAACACCUGGGCAAUUUACCACCCUUAUCUGACUCCGUCCCUGAUGAUGGGUUCGAGCGAGAAUCCGAAACGUCAGGUUAAUAAAGCUUUUGUUCCAACGAUCUUGCCUCUUUCUUCGCGACUACUUCCUGGAACUCGCCUCUUCGCUUCUAUUAGCAAACUGUUAAUUUGAUAAGUCGUCUAAACUUUCUAGUGCCAAGUCUAUGACACGCCCUGAUUGAUUUAGAGACACAUGCAGAAGCAAGCGCACAUCCGUCAAUAGUAGAGGGGCGCGCUCCGAUUGCGUUAGGGAACUCACUCGUCCCGUUGUGCUUUGGGGUUCUUUCGCCACAGGCUCCGCCAGCAGCCGCACAGUCCAGUCUCCCUUGUCUUUGCUAGUACUGCUAUUCUGCGCAUCUAUUAGUUGGCUUCCAGUUGUAAGGAAGUUCCAAGUGGGUGGCAGAGCCCAAAAACGAACGACCACCCCACCGCUCAAACAAUGGAUGAUAGUGGAGAUGUCGUCGGAGAUGCGGAUGGAUUGGUAGACCACUGUGUCGUACUUAUUCUGCCGUCAUUCAACGAACCGUGACUCUGACCAUCAUUAUAUCAGGCAAAUGGAUCUUGUUUACUUCGUGAAGCCAGUUGAUCGGUGUGAGUGGAUCCUGUAUGAAUAAAUACCCAGUCUGCAUCGACAGACAAUGCCCGGUGGCGAGGCGCUGACGAACUUUGUUUCGAGCAAGUUCUUACGACCGAUCUCAUAGAUCCCGUCUGCGCAUUCGCGUAUUCGUUUCUGUUGCCGUAAAGUGGUCAGGGUUGCUGUUGGCUGAAUUACGGCAGAAUAAGCCCGCAACAGUUCUGUAUCAGGCCCCCCCCUCCCCCCAAAUCUCUGUCAUCACCACCCUGAUCCAUAAAUGUUUAGAUUUUGGAGGAAAACUUCCCACUCGCGAGUCGACAGCGUACACCUUGUGGAUCAAGUUCGUUGCUAAGUAAGUUUCAGGUAGUGGGAAAGUUGUGUCUUCUUUACUACCCGGAUCGAUCGCACUAUUGCCGUACGGUCGACCGGUGCAGGGGAGAGGGAAGAGACAGUGGACCCGACACUGGAUAAUCCAUCCUCACGACACACCAGCUCAGUUCUCACUAUAGAAAGAUCUGACGCGCUUGAACCCAUCACGGUGCGCUAAAAUCUGUGCCUUGGAGGGCCACCAACUGAUUAUAAAACUCUGUCUUCGCGGUCUGCACUGUGGGGAACGACUGGCCCGCGGACAGGGGCCCAAGCGCGGCGGCUCCUUCUUAAUGUGGCCCCUAUGGCAAUCUCACGAACCUGAGAUCCCAGCCUCCUGCUUCUGUGAAAUUUCGGUCACUUGUACGGAGUCAGGUUGUGUGUGGCACGCGUGGGCAGACCGUUUGGUUUUAUAAGCCAUUACGCCUUCUUGAUACGACCUUGCCAUCGGAGCGUGAUUGGUGGGGAAGGAGAAAGCGCAGCAGACGCCGAGCAAAUGCGUCCCACAACAAACUAGUUCACUCGGCAGUUGCCGGUUCUGCAUCUACUGCGCUUACCACGCAUUGGACGUCCAUGCUUGCGAGUGCCAAACUGUCACGCUGCCUAUCAGGCACACAUGCCCCUGCCAGACGGAGUAAGGGGGCUUUCUAUCGUCGCAUCCCCUUCCUGCUGCUCGCCACCACCACCACCACCACCACCAGCAUUUGCGUUGCCCUAUUCUUUUCUUUAACAUUUACUAUAAUGUGAGGACAAGGGGAAGUGAAGGCGACUGGAGACGGAUGUGAGUGCAGCGGCCGACAAGGAGAAACGGUCCAUCUUUACGUGCCACGCACGCCCUGGCGCCAGACUCGCACAGCACUAAGAUUCGCGUGUACCGUGCAUCUGUCCGGUCUGUCCUACUCUGUGGUUCCGAAUGCUGGGCUGUGCGCGUGGAGGACGAGCAAAAACUGGAGGUAUUUGACCACCACUGCUUGAGGACCAUCCUUUGAGUGACCCCUUUUCAAAGGAAGGUCUAUUUCGUCCGUUAGUUGACAACUUCACAAGUUGCCACAGUUUCAGCACGUCAGAUUGAUUUUAGUGAGGGGACCGGGUGUUUAAUGGUCCCAACCUCCCUCUCACCUUCCUCCCGCAUGCAACCACUGGCUCGAUCGAAUCUGUCAGCCGAUCAGCAAUAGGAUUGGUCGCAGUGGUUGACCUUACGUGAACCUUCGUCUGAAGCAUGCUAGACACAAAUGUGCACACAUGCGACCUGCCGUUCGUCCAUAUCGACCUUAUGUACGCUUAGGUGAGCAGACUCGGUAACGCCUGGAUCGACUUUGAAGAAGUUGAAACAUGUAAACUCGAGGCAAAUACAGCACUUUCCUGGCAUUUUAGGUUACUUUUCUACUGUCAACCCUGCAGGACUUAAAUACAGGCUGAGAAAGGGUCGACAACCAACACUGCUGGCUUUACAAGCACUUUUUCGGCCUUAACGUCGGCUCGCCUUUGAUCUCGAUCAGUCAGAGGCCUUGGCCGCUGUUUGGACGGCGUUCGCAUUGUGAAAAUGGCCAUAACAGCUGUGAAAUUGCGCGCACUUUCCAUGCACUGACAAAGGCAUCACGAAGGCAUCAUGAUUGCUCGACCAUCUGACGCACUGACCCUGAUGUUGGGAAAAGUGUUCACCUGUAUGCUUCCCGUGUGGCCAAUUACUCCGCCUAGACGAAUGCUCAGCACCGAUUAUGGAACGGGAAGAUAAUUGCACUUGUUAAUGGACUGGGGGCCAGUAAACCAUGAGUCAAGCGGCUCCCGGUUCACGCGGUUGUCACCUCUUGCGAGAGUUUCGGCCUCGUCGAAUUUGAAUGUGUGGCCGGCUCUCGUCGAAUGAGCCGCAACUUGAGAGCUGGCGUAAUUUCUCAGCACCACUGCAGCGGGUUCGGCCAUUCUUAUUCGGAGCUGUCUUCCAGUUUCUCCGACGCAGUUGCUUUGUCCUCAACUGCACCAGAUCAGAAUAACGACUCCCGGCGUCCAAAAAGCCUGGCUUCUGGCGAGACAGCUGUCCACGUGCACGGAGAACCCUCAAGACGGGUGCCGCCCCUGCCUUUAAAAGCGUUCGAGAGUGUACGAGGCCCUGACAUUUCCGGAUUACAACCGGAUUAACCGAGAAAUAGGCAGACUUAGAAAAGAAUAUUCAUAGUCUAAAUAUGACACAGAUCACGACGGAUGGAAUGUAGGCAGUGAAUAGUUAGUCGCAUAGGUAUUAGUAAAGCGCUGUUUUUCUUUUUAGCUUAAAACUCCGAAAUAAGUCUUGCUGUUUGUGGUAAUUUUGCUUGUAGUCAUGAAGGACGACCUUAAAUGCCAGUUAAGUAUAAUGCGUGCUUUCGACUGUGGCCCUGGAGCAGAGGGUUAUGGUUCUUAUUGACGGUUUUACAGCGAAGAACAAUUAAAAAUCAAAGUUCUACGGCUACGAUGGUAACGUUUCUUCUAGUAUGGAGCUCCAAAACAAAGACAGCACGUUCCGGUUAGGUUAGUGAACGCCUCCUCUGUGUGAGUCUGGAUACUGCCGAUUACUGCCUCUAUGCGUUGACCCCGUUGCUAUGUGGGAGAGCGUUGAACGCCAAAACCUACUGACCCCCCGGUUUAACUGCUCCUGUUUGAAGACUGUCACUGACUCUCACUACAUAGUCCUUUUAAGGCAGAAUAGCAUUACUGACAAGGGAGGCCUGAAUGGUCAUUUCUGGCCUGUUGGCUGUCGUCAGCCUGCCAUACCCAACUCCGAAGUAUGCAACAUCUAAGGCUCCAUCCCGCGGCCUUUUGGUUAAAAGUCCAACAUCCUAGCCAUUGAGCCACGGGCUCGUUGUCCUGUCGGUUUCGAUCGGAUAUAUGCAGUGGUACAGGGGCGCUCACCAAUUGCAACCGAUAGGACAACGAACCCGUGGCGACGUGGUUAGAGGCGUUGGACUUCUAACCAACAGGUCGCGGGAUCGAGCCCCAGUGGUUGCACACCUCCAGGUUAGGAGUGGCUGACUGACGACGGCUAAUAAGCUAGAAAUGGCCAUUCCAGUCACGCUUGUCUUCUGGGGCUCGACAGAGUGUCCCAAGGUGCGACUGGACAUGUGAGUUCCGUAGUUCGAUCGGAGAGCGCCCAUUUACCACAGUCAUCUCUCUCUCUCUCUCUCUCUCUCUCUCUCUCUCUCUCUCUCUCUCUCUCUCUCUCUCUCUCUCUCUCUUAAUUCCUUUCCUUCUUUCAAGGGCCUGACCCUUUAAGUGAACAUAAAAGUUUCUGGCAUUUUGUCUUACAUAUAAUUCGGUAGCGUUGGUACUUUUGUGGGUGUUUAAUCAAGCCGGAGUGUUGCAUCUUGACCAGCUGAACACUGCUCAUAUUAACAUCGGAAUCGGAGACGUAGCUAAUUAGUCGUCCUGAGCUUUUCCUGACACCGCCAUCUAUUCCCCAGGUCCGAUAAAACUUGUGCACCGGUUGGAGUCGGCUGUGAGCGACUGCACUCAAGUAUUUAGAGCUACCAGAGAGUUAAAAUACUCUUUCCCUCCCAGCGGACUUCGUACUUGUCCGAGGUCUCGACUCACUGCUAUCUACUGCUUGUUCCUCCAGUGCGUAAUUUUGUCCGCAGAUUGUGGGGUAGCAUGGCCUAUUGAUAGCCAUUUUUGGCAGCACUCUCUCCCCCCACUCUGAUUUUGCUCGGUUUUGGACUUGCACAAAACCUUCUCCAACGUUUAAAUAUUGAAUGGGCAUCUUGUCGAACUUUAAGAGGGCAGUUUUUAAACUGCCUUCAGUCUUCGCGGGUCGCUUUAUAUCCGUUAAACGUGCGCUUCUAGCUCUAUGAGUUCCCACGACAAUGGAGUUGUUUCAGGCCGCUAGACAACUCUGGGUAUUUCAAGAAUGCAACAGGCUAUCAAACAUUCAUACGUUCUUUUCUGUGAGAUGAGCUGCAUUUUAAACUGGUUACUUUGUGGAUGAAAUUACCUUUUAUACGGCCGAGCCAUCUGAUGAGGCUCACUGAACCGAGACGGAACGCUUGACACAACAGUGAGUUCAAACGUAGACCCAUGUUUGUCUUCAUAACGGAGUUUAAGGACAGUCCCCUACAAUGGGUCACGUGGGAGCAGGGUCUGGCACGCCUGUACCUGAUCUCGCUUCCGGUCUUCCUGACUCCGUCUCGACACCGGGCCAAGGGGGGACGGAGGAAGAGCGAGGGUAGUGGAUGCAGUGCAAAUCUACUAUCAUUAUAAACAAAUUCGCGCUCAAGUUACCGUCCCUGGACCCACCCUGCUCUGGUGGACAUCGUCGGUACUGGCGGUCGAUCUUUCGGAGUUUAAAAACGCGACACGAGGGGUUUAGCAUUCCCGCCUCAUCUCACCACACACACUAUAAGGCUUUUGGUUUGCGCUUGUUGGUAUGUCUGCCACUUCGGCCAUCAGUACUGACCGCUGAUAGCUCAUUAGUCUCGGAUGGAAGCGAAUAUGCGAGUUCUAGGUUUUUUGUUGUAAAGAAGAUGAACACACGAUCGCUGGGACAAUACGUGUAUUAGUUUGAGCUUUCGGUCUCGUACAGGAGGCCAGCGUCGGAGACUGUGGGAAUGCGGCAUCAAAUGAGCAGUUUUUGUAGUCAAGCCAUGAAGAUGGGGGGGUAGGAGUGGGGAGGGGGUGGUGUUGCGACAGGGCUGAGUCUACGCCGUCUCACGGCGGCGUGGCUGCGUGCACCCUUGGCUGGAAAUUAGGUCUCGCCACUAGGCUGCGGGAACGGAGUGUGUGUCAACGUGUCUGUUGGUGUCAGACAUUCAGGCCUCCAGUAAUUCUCUCCCUGUCUUACCGUCUCAUUGCUGGUCCGCGCCACUAAUCUCUCCUUCUUGCACUGUGCCAUUCUGAUAGUGGGCGCCCACCGAUCAGGUUACGGAACAUGCUCGUUCCGUUGUGCCUUGGGGCUCAUACUAGAACCCUCGCAGGCAGUCGCACAGCGAUUAGUAGAAUGAUGUAAAUCAGGUGGUACCGACAAAGACAACGGACACCGGAAUGGCCAUUUCUGGCUUAUAAGCCGUCAUCAGCCAGUCAUACCCAAGGCACAACGGAACGAGCAUGUUCCGUAACCUGAUCGGUGAGCGACCACUAUCAUAACUAAUAUUCCCGAUCACAACCGACAGGAAAACGGGCCCGUGGCUCAGUGGUAGAGCGUUCAACUCCAUGACCAAAGAUCCCGUGUUCGAAUCUCAAGUGAUGCACACUUGGGGUUGGGUAUGACUGGCUGAUGACGGCUAAUAAGCCAGAAAUGGCCAUUCCGGUCUCCCUUGUCUUUGUCGGUACCACCUGAUUUACUGUGCCAUUCAUUCGUGAACUGGUACCUUUGAAAUCCGGGCCAGGUCGUGUGUGGAACGCACAUACGGACUGGCUGGCCCUGUCAGCCACUGGGUCUGCGCCCAGCUUCGGUCGUUUUGACUUAGCUUUGCCAUCGGAACGUACUGGAUGAUGGAGGAGAGAGUGAGUAAGCCACCUCUGGUGGGACCGUCACGUGGACCGCUCUGGAAGCCAUCACAUGCAACGGUCGCUUAUUGUUGAAGGGUAAAGAAAAGUUGUUAUUAAUUAUACGACUAGUCCAUCGAUUAAACCACAGUAAUAUUGCCUCCAUAAAUUCCUUCUAGGAAUCUGCUUCUUUGACGAGCUCUACUUUUGGUCUCCCGCUAGUAAUCCGUCGUUUGUGGUUAACACCUGCAUUACACGAAUCAAGACGAAAUUUCGAGUUCCAGGUGUAUGCAUAAGCCGCUGCCUACGCGGUCGCCACCAGAGGAAUCGAACAUCAACACCACCAACCAUAUGGCAUUCUCUGCCCUACAUCAAGGGUGCUUCAAAAGCGACCGGGCGCAUUGCUGCGGAGGCAGGUGUUAGAAUUGCACACCGUCCCAAAACCACCAUGCGCAGUAGGGUCAUGAAAAUCAAAGACCGGUUAAAGCCUGAAGAGCAAUCUGGAGUGGUGUACCACAUCCCGUGUCAAAACUGUCCUUGUACCUAGACAGGCCAGACUGGAUGCUUGCUGGGAUCGCGCAUACACGAACAUAAACUGGCUGUGCGACGAGGCGACGCAUUAUCACAAGUGGCCGCGAAGUGGGUCACGAGUUUAACUUCGCAGCCAUCAAAAUAAUCGCCCACGCCGGAAACAAAACAGGCCGAGGAUUGAUUGAAGCCUGGGCCUCGGAUGAUAACCCGGUAAAUCGAUUUAUCGAUCUGGCGCCGGCGUACAGAGCCCUGCGUAAUCACCUCCAGUCUUGCGCCGUCGAUCGAUGAUUGGCCUACAUGCUUUAUAACUGUCGCUUGUUCUGUUGCUGCUACUACCUCUGGCGAUGGACUCCUGCACGAUUCUGAAAGAUCAGGACAAUCAACAAAAUGUUCCGGUGCUCGACUCUUCUUCUUCACCUGCAUUACAGCCUGCAGUACUGCAACCGCCGGGUCCUGUGCAGUAGAGCUCCCCAGUGCUUCUUCCAUACUUGUCGAAACUGGCGACAAAGACCAUCGCAUGCUCAGCAACAUCGCCAGUAACACCACGUUGGAUAAAUUUGAUUUUGUGCAUGUGAGACGGUAAACUAUACCCGACACAGUAUCUCCUCUUUUCUCAUGCAGCGGACGAGGAGGAGAAGGAGGAGGAGGAGGGGGAGGAGGAGGAGGAGGGGGAGGAGGAGGAGGAGGAGGUGCCUAACUCCCCCCUACCAUGUCUAUUUUUACCUAGGUGUACAGCUCGUAAACUUGCUUAUCUUUUUCUUUAUUUGCAGGAUGUUCCACAACUUCAUCUUUAUGGUCUUCAGUGGGGCGAUGGUGGUGAGUGCUGUUUCUUUCUCGUUUUUUUCGAUUUGCUACUGUUGGGAGAAAAUGGUUAAAUUCCCUUCUCUCUAACAGAAAACCGCUCCAUUUGGGCUUAAUACCCUUUUAAUUGCAACAUCAUCAACAAAAGGUUAUUUAGGUACCUAAGGACAUCAUUGAAGUCACGUAGAGUGUGGUUUUAGCCAAUCACAGUGCCCUCCGAAACUCACUGAACAACAACUGCAGCGUUUAGAUAUCCUUUGACAAAAAAGGAUUUUUAUCUACCUUCCCAAUAAAACAAGGACAUAUUCUAAUUAACAGGCUCGACUACGGAGUUGGCUAUGGCACAGAGGGCAGUUUGUCCUGAUUUAUUUUGUGUUCAGUAGUUGCCGUGAAUUAUUCAGCCAGAAUAGACAUUAUCUACCGAUUGCCUCCUCAUAAAUUGUCGCUCUGCACUACAACAUCUAGAACUGGUGUACAUGGCCGUGUCGCUCAUGUAAAAAAGGACGUGACUAUGUCUCGUCUGGUUUGAAUACGGGGUAGAAACAAGCAAGCGCCAGCUAUUGGCCACUGUCGGUUGACUUGCGUUACGAACUCGGCGCCAAACGAAGUCUAUCGAUUUUUUGUUUGGAUUCUCUCCGGCCGCCCAGAUCGGUUUGAUAUGACACAAAUCAAUUUGUGUUGGCUGAGAAUAUGCCAUCGUGUUGUUUUUAAACAGUUUGCAAUAAGUUUUUUUAGGUUUCACUACCUUUCCUGCAUAUAGUUAUGCAAUCUGUUUAUUUCUUGAAGUAAAAAUAAUUUUAAAGGAGUUUGCUGCAGACAGAAGAAGAAUUUCGUCUGAGGUGUAAGACGAUCGUCUGCUGAAAGCGACUAUUCGCAUAUCAAGAUGGAAAUUAACGAUAAGUCACACAGUAUUGAGACUCGUAAUGUAUACUUCAGCUUCGUAAUUGGUUGACGUUCCAGCAAUGGAUCUCAUUCUUGGUGAUACAUGGACUGUAUAUACAGGGGUCUGUUCGCUUCCAUUAGGCCACUGAGUAAAAUUGCAAAUUUUCCUGCAUGCCAAUUGGAAGUAAAGCUCGGUCGAAUCUUAUUUCGUGGCCCUACCUGCGGUAGACAAGCCCCAAUCCCAACCUUGACCUCUAACCCCAACCCUACCCCCUAACUCUAAGCCUUUACCAGGUACAUCUACGAAAUAAGAUCUUGCCUAGAGCUUAGCCAUGAUACCCACGUAACCAGUUAAGAAUUCGAUUUCGGAAAACGUACGCUUUUGACUAUUCCUCAUCACCCCUACACAGUAACAUUAGGGAAUGUAGAGUAACAGAACUUUAAAUAGCCAAUAAGUAGUGAGUAUGGGAGUUCAGAGGUCAGGAAUUAUUGUCUAGUUCUGUUAGGGGCCUAGAGAGGAGAGGGGGGGGGGUCUGACAAUUAACUACGUCUUCGCUUCGUCACAAUAACGUGACGUGGCAGAAGGUAUGAGCAGACAUACUUGGCCCGUCUUCGGUCAGUGUGGCCUUAAGGCCUGUAUAAACGCUUUAUGAGCCAUAAAAUUGGGUUGGUGAGACAUAUGGCCACUGCCUCUACCGUCGCAAGUAUCCGCUGACGCAGGAACUUGUAAUGGCUCGCCGACACUUUAUGAAGGACACGGAAUGCUCGGCGGACGUCUACCCGAUGGCGGCUGUCAACCCGUUCGGCCACAAAUUGGGAUGGAAACCCCUGCCAGUAGACAGGGGAGACGCCCGUGUCACCAUAUUAAAACAAAAGCGAAUUAUUGUCUGCAUUAUUUUCAGCGAUGUGAAAUGCCACAGCACUUAUUUCUGUGUAAUGACUUACUGUUUCUCGUUUCUCGGGUUUUAAAUCAAAGAUAGUACGAUUGGUCUGUUUUCCCGCAACGGCUGAAAAAGCACCCGGCUGGCAUAAAUUCCUCGACACUGCACCUAAAGCAUAUAAGGCCCAUGAUGGUAUUCCACAGAAGUGACACACAUAGAGACCAAGGUGGCUUUAAUGUCCGUUUCCGAUCCUUUGGGUGCAACCAGACGACAAAGCCCCGGACCCGAAGAAUUUGAGGUCUGGACUCAGGGCAUAGACAACACACAGGGUGAGGAAAGUGGUUGUGGGACGUAAUUGCUCCUGCAUCACACGGUUGCCAGAAUCUGGAGAUCUCAUAACCACCAAGGCUGCUUUUUAUUUGUGUGAUUACUGUUCAAUCGACCGCCCACGAAACGACAAUGACCUUGACUUCAUCGUCGAGGGUGAGUGGCCUGGUAUGGACUAAACAGUUUAGCUCGUCACGCGAAGUAAUUAUCACCCAUGGGCUCUCCGUCUGUCUAAUUUCUCUACCAGGUAAAGUCGGCAGGGUUAUCACCUCGACCUCAUCGACCAGGUCCCGACCGAGUGAGCCGCGAUGCGGAAGCUGGCGUCAUUCCUCGGCACCGCUGCUGCGCGUUUGACCAUUCGCGUCCAGAGCAGUCUUCCACUUUCCCCCACUUUGUUGAUUUAGCCGCACUUGCAACAGAUCUGGUUAACGACUCCGGUCGCUUCCUGCCGUCGCAACGGGUCUGUCGGUCACCUGACUGCACCCCCAAUGGUAACCUCCGGUUUGCAGACAACAUAAACUUGAAGUGGCCAAAAUUUGCGGCCAAUUCAAUUUGACCCCUCGUCUUGUUUGCACAGGUACUGGUUGACGAAGGUUUGCGUUUAACCAUUCGCUCUGAGCGCCCUCCAAACCGUGUCUUCGGUUUUACCGCAGUGGAUCUCAAUUCACCGAUAUGAUACUCUUACGAAACUGCGUUCGCAGUCGAUAGGAUAAUGGCGGUUGAAAUUCAGUACUUGCGUCGUGGUUGGUGCUUUCCUGAAAAGUUGGGUUUUUAGGUCACUGCAACAUGUGCUACAGACGAGGACAUCAGGAGAGAUCAGCUGUUCAACUUCUUUCUCCUUCAUCGUAAAUUAUAUGUCCAAGAAGACGGCGUUUGGACGUCCAUGGAGUGCUAACACAUAAUCCCAUUCGAUAACGACGCAGGUAUCAUUCACAUACCGAGUACGAAAUAGUGGUCUGUGGCGUCAGAAUGCCAGCGACUCCGACCGUUGCAGAGCUGUCUCGGCUCUGAGUCUCGAAUUUGACGAACCCCCUGGCGUAAAUUUUAUAUGACCAUAGGUUGUUCCAUUAAAGCAAGGUACGUUUUGGUAGCAAACCUCAGGACUUGGAUGCUAUGCUCGUGUCCUUGGCUUGUUUUCCGUUUCAUCGUAUUAGGUUCGCAGAAGUAUUUGAAUGGCUACGAUCGCCAUAUUUUGGGAACACAAAUUAAGCGGCAUUAGAUGGAAUCUUGAUCUUAUCUGACAGGAGAAUCAACCCUUCAAGUCUGUCAAAGAAUUUGGUCAGAAUCCGUCAUAUGGCCCCCUCCGCAGGAUAGGGGAAAUGGAACGCCCCCUCCCGCAGUACAAGCGGCGGUGCGCUACAUUACAGUGAGAGUAAAUAACCCCGUGUCCUAAUCCCAGCACCAAUCCAAACCUAACCGCAGCCCUAGUCCUAACCAUAACCCGACCCUGAAACCUAAGCCUAAUUUUCCUGAAAUUUGGCGCCCAGCAAACCGUAUUACGGGCUCUCUCUGUCCACGUGUCCUGCCAAGGGGCCAUAUCACUGACCCCAACAAAGAAUUGUGUUGACAAAUUGAUCGUGGUGUCUAAAUCAGUUGUAAGAAAUGCAAGGCGCCGAAGGCUGAAGUGUUUUUGGGCGAUACGAUUGGUCAGAGAGGAGCGUCUUUAUUGUGCCCUUUUGGAAGGCCAUCACAUCAGACACGGACUGUUUAUUGGGCUCUUGCCAUGGAUCGGUCGAUGGGCGAUAAUCGCGUGUCCCGCGAGUUGCUUAAGUCAUGGUUUACGGGACCUCAGUCUAUCAACAAGUGCAACGACAUCCCCACUCCAUAUUCCGUGCUGAGGCAUAGGCUGGCCAAGGUAAUUGACCACUCGGGGAGCGCGCAGGCCGAUGAGCCAGAUGGCCGAGCAAUCAUCACGCCAGGACGGUUUAUGAGAUUUCAACAAUUAGCAACUUGCAUGCCGGCCAUCAAGCCAUUAGCACAACAGCGGGCAACAGUUCUUAAUGAAGGGGAAAGCGGCUAUUUAUCAUAGGUAUGCGAUAACAUGGCGACUGCAUCCUUUAAAUAAUGCACCUUCCUGUGCACGAGUCACCCUUUCUGCCACUGUCUCUGAUGAUGGGUUUAAGUGAAAAUCCGAAACGUUGGGCGAAUAAAGUCCUUGCUCCAGCGAUGGCUUCUACUUCUUAUCAACAAUAAGAUAUGUUGACGUCUAAUUUUUACGAAUUUACCGUAAGCGACCGAUCACACGUGAUGCGUUUCCGAUUAAGAAACAUUGUUUUAAUGGGCCUGUAAUAUUGAUUAUCAUAAAGCAUAAACCCAAAGUAUUCCAGACUCGUCAAACUGUUGACUUUUGAAUGCAUUUAUUUUCGGCCAUCGUAAAGAUCGCGCUCUGCAAGGAGCAACUGCUUAAUUAGCAUGACACUUGUCUAUUUUCUCUUGUACAAACAGUAUAAACAUAUAUAUUCCUUCUUUUACCCAUUCGUUAGUCAAUCACGUCCUCUUCAACUUUUCUACUCAAAAAAGGAUAUCUUUAACUUUUUUAAAAAUCCUUCAAUUGACAAAAGUGUCGAGGUUAACCUGUUGUUAAGCUUGCGUUUGCGGUUUUACGUCUGCAAAAAGUAUACUUUCUAUGUCUGGAAAAUCAUGUAUUCCCCUGUGCCAUUAAUACGAUAUCAUACAAGGCUCAUAAAACGUUACAGUAGAAGCGGAUUUCAUGAAUAGCAUUAAUAAACAGACAGGCACCAUAUUACUGAGAUGGACAUUGCACCGUCUUUAAAAGCCUUAUAAUCAGAAACGAUUAAAAUUGAGAGAUACCCUUACUUCAAGUGCAAAAUUUGAAUAAGACGUGACUUGUUAUCGAAUGAGUUCAAACAUCUUUUGAUGUUUUACAUAAAACAUGCUUGAAUUUAUAAUGGCAUCGAAGAUCGAUUUAAAAGACUCUUAUCACUCAAGUAGUCGUUUUGUGAAGGAAUUCAUUCACAAUUCAACGUCCUGGCGUGCCUGAAGCAUCCUAGGAUUAUAUAGCACGAUAUUCAGUAGUACAGGCCUACUCGAAAAAAUUUUCCUAAUCGAAAAUACAUUUUAGAAUUUCUGUUAAUAUUUACUAUUACGGUAAGCAAGUGUGCAUGAUUUUGUUCAAAAUAAAUGUAUUUUUUCCGGGCUAAUUCUCUUUUUAAGGGUAUUUUCGCCAUACUGACGACCCUUGUAACCUCGAUGCGAUCGGUGAACAUUCUGGAAAACAUUCUGGAGAACAAAUUUAUUGAUGAUCAAAUUUCCUACACGCCCACGGUGGUCGAGACCCUGGCUAAAUACAACCGAAAGCGUGACGGUGAGUAA